AAUUAAUAAAGAUAAGUGAAUAUCUACGAAAAUAUCUAGCCCAGAUGUUAUAGUAAAAAAUACAUUAUUCUUAUCCGACACUUUGCAUGAUAAAGAAACAAUAAAAAAUAUCAGUUGUUGAUGUUUCUGUCAUCACUUAUGUAUAAAGUAUUUUAAAUUUUAGCCUUAAUUAUUCAUUUGUUAAUCAUGUCAGAAAAAGUUGCUAUAGUAACUGGAGCUAACAAAGGACUUGGACUUGCCAUAGUCAAGAAACUAUGUGAAAAUUAUGAAGGUACAGUUUAUUUAACAUCCAGAGAUGAGAAAAGAGGUUAUGAAGCUUGUGAACAAUUAAGGGAAUUGGACAUAAAACCACAGUAUCAUCAACUAGAUAUAACUGACAGUGAUAGUAUUGAAAAAUUCUGUUUUUUCAUUCGUUCUCAUCAUAAAAAUAUUGAUUUGUUGAUCAACAACGCUGGCAUAUUGUUUCUUAAGGAUUGUCAGGAAUCUAAACUCUACCAAGCCGAGCAAACUUUGUAUGUAAACUUUUUCGCGCUAGUUAAUUUCACUGAGGCAGUUUUACCGCUGAUGAGUGAUCAUAGCACAAUACUGAAUAUCUCAAGUUCAUCAGGUCAUCUAUCAAGAUUACCAUCGGUGGAACUCCGACAAAGAUUUCAAGAUCCAAAAUUAAAUUUAGAAGGAUUGAAAUUCUUAAUGAGAGAAUAUAUCGAUGCUGUAAAAUUAAAUAACGAUGUUGAUAGCUGGGGUUCAUCGCCGUACGUGGUAUCAAAGAUAGGUGUUAAUGCGUACACGUUUAUGUUGAAUCGGAGAUUGGAAAGCAGAGAUGUAAAGGUGAAUUGCGUCCAUCCUGGGUACGUGAUGUCUGAUAUGACCCGCGGCGCCGGCUCGGUGACCCCUGAUCAAGCGGCACAGAUUUGUGUCGACCUUGCCCUUAACCCAGACGGAGGCGGUCUGUAUGUUUGGCACAAUGGAGCCAAAGUACAAUGGGAUGGUAAAGAUCCUCGGAGUUAUAUUGACGGGAAAACACUUUGAAGAUAUUUACAUUUCCGUUGUAAAUAACGUAUUGUUAGUUUUAAUUUCUGCUAUUAAAAUGUUAUCAAAUGUCAAAUAUUAA